UGAAGUCCUUAUAUUCCCGGGCUUCUUUCUCCUCUGGGUACCAGCUACUUACUGCCCUGAAGCGUUGUGCUUGUAGCCAGGAGAAGGAGGACAUAAAUUCCUUAAAUUCCAGCAGAGAACGCCCUCCUCCCCUCCCCCUUCUUUUCUAUCUGCAGGUCCGAGGGUCUGUGUUCACAGACAUUUGAAGGCAAAACAAAAGAGGAAGAAACUAUCCUGAAUCGUCACAGGAAACAACAACAUCAUGCAAAAACACUGCAAAGAAAAUGAAGGAAAGCCCAAGUGCAGCGUGCCAAAGAGAGAGGAAGAACGCCCCUAUGGAGAAUUUGAACGCCAACAAACAGAAGGGAAUUUUAGGCAAAGGCUGCUUCAGUCUCUCGAGGAAUUUAAAGAGGACAUAGACUAUAGGCAUUUUAAGGAUGAAGAAAUGACAAGAGAGGGAGAUGAGAUGGAAAGGUGUUUGGAAGAGAUAAGGGGUCUGAGAAAGAAAUUUAGGGCUCUGCAUUCUAACCAUAGGCAUUCUCGAGACCGUCCUUAUCCCAUUUAAUGCGUUUCUGCCGAAUUCAGCUAUUUUCUUUUAUUAAUAUUGCCACCAUUGGUUUCUUUUUGUCUGCAUUUUCCUGCUAAAUAUUUGCUACCAUUUUACUCCAAAUCUUCAAUGUUCCUUUAAUUUACAUAUGAUUCUUGUUACCAACAUCUCAUCUUUUGACUCAGCCUCAUAUGUAAUAGGAAUGCUUCAUUCAUUUCUAUAGGAAGAUGCUCAUUGUAUAUUGUAAAGUGAAAAUACAUGGCAAAACGGGGUGUAUAUAUAUAUAUAUAUAUAUAAUAUAUAUAUAUAUAUAUAUACUCUCACACACACACCUUUUAUGUACAUUUAUAUGACAUAAUGUCAAAGAAAACAUCUGAAUUAUUAUACACCAAAAGGUUAACAGUGCAUCUGUGUGAUCUGUGUAUUAUUUCUUUAUUUUUUUGACUAUUUUCACCUUCUGAUUUUCCAAAAAACAAAUAUAGUUGUGUGUGUAUGUGUGUGUAUUGCUUGUCUCACAAAGAAACUAAAAUAAAUCGGCACAAUAAAAGAACUUCUCAAUCAUCUUUGAAUGGGAGUGAAACACUUAAUAAACUCUUGACAAUAAAAUUAUAAAAAAGAAAUGUAAACCUCAAAUUACCUCUGGAUCUCAAAGCCAGAGGAAUAAACCUGGCAAUUAUUACAGA